AUGGCUACAACUCCUCCUGGUUGCCACAAUAGCCUGGACUCCAGAUACUAUAGACUUUGUGAUACGAAGGAAGUUUGGGGCAUCGUUCUUGAAGCAUUCGCCCUGGUGGGGGCUGUGACCUCAGUCGCCUUCAUGUUUGCUCUCCUGGUCCUCGUCUGUAAGGUGCAGGACUCCAACAAGCGAAAAGUGCUCCCAACCCAGUUUCUCUUCCUCCUGGGGGUGUUGGGGAUCUUCGGCCUCACCUUUGCCUUCAUCAUCAAACUGGACAGGUGGACGGGGCCCACGCGCUUCUUCCUUUUUGGCAUCCUCUUUGCCCUUUGCUUCUCCUGCCUCCUGGCUCAUGCUUUCAACUUGACAAAGCUGGUCUGUGGGAGGAAGCCCCUCUCCUUGUUGAUGAUUCUGGGCCUGGCUGUGGGCUUCAGCCUGGUACAGGAUAUCAUCGCUAUUGAAUACAUCGUCCUCACCAUGAACAAGACCAAUACCAAUAUCUUUUCUGAGCUUUCUGCUCCUCGUCGCAAUGAAGAUUUUGUCAUGUUGCUCAUUUACGUCCUUUUCUUAAUGGCACUGACCUUCCUCAUGUCCUCCUUCACCUUCUGUGGAUCCUUCACUGGCUGGAAGAGACAUGGGGCACACAUCUUCCUCACCAUGCUCCUCUCCAUUGUCAUUUGGGUGGUAUGGAUCAUCCUGCUUUUGAAUCAUACUCCUGGCCCCAACUGGGAUGACACCAUCCUCAGCUCAGCCUUGGUUGCCAAUGGCUGGGUUUUCUUGUUGACUUAUGUUGUACCUGAGUUCCAGCUGCUAACCAACCAAAGGAACCCCAUGGAUUACCCUAUGGAGGAUGCUUUUUGUAAACCUCAAGUCAUAAAGCAGAGCAGAGGUGUGGAGAACAGAGCUUACUCUCAAGAGGAAAUCACUCAAGGUCUUGAAGAGAUAGGUGACACACUCUAUGCCCCAUAUGCCACCCAUUUUCAGCUGCAGAAUCGGACCACCCAAAAGGAUUUCUCCAUUCCACGGGCCCAUACUCAGGCGAGUCCUUACAACAACUAUGAAGGAAGAAAAGAGCUCAGCUAA